UCAUCUUCAUUCAAACACUAAUUUUAAUAAAAAAUAAAAAACAAAGGAAACGACCAUGGAGUCUAUUGUUUCAGAGCUAGAAGGAACUCUUUUAAGGAACAAAGAUCCUUUCUCGUACUUCAUGCUAGUAGCUUUCGAAGCCUCGGGUUUAAUCCGCUUCGCGGUCUUGUUAUUAUUCUGGCCCAUUAUCAAGCUACUUGAUGCAUGCGGGAAGCCGGAUAUUGGCCUGAAACUGGCCAUCUUUCUUGCCACAGCCGGAGUUCCAAUGUCGGAGAUAGAAUCGGUUGCAAGGGCAGUUUUGCCUAAGUUUUACUAUGAUGAUAUUGAUUUGGAUGCUUGGAAGGUGUUUAACUUGUGUGAUAAAAGGGUGGUUGUGACCAAAAUGCCAAAAGUUAUGGUUGAGUGGUUUGUGAAAGAGCAUUUAGGGGCUGAUGGUGUUAUUGGGACCGAGAUUGCGGUAAGCCAGUUUGGAUUCGCCACAGGGCUGGUCCAAGGUGGUGGGUUUGGGUCAUCGGUUGUUGAUCGUGUAGCAACGAUGUUUAACGGUCAACAACCGAGCCUUGGCCUUGCGAGAUGCCAUUUGGAUUCUCCGUUCUUGUCCAUGUGCAAGGAACAAGUAAAUGCACCAUACAUAAUCAAAGACCAGAAGCAAAGCCUACUCCAGGAAACCCGGCCGGUGCCCGUGAUCUUUCAUGAUGGCAGGCUUGUGAAGCGGCCAACUCCUUCCACCGCGCUUCUCAUCCUAAUCUGGAUCCCAAUCGGUGUUGUCCUGGCAAUCAUCCGUAUAGCCAUUGGCGCAAUGUUGCCAAUGUGGGCUAUUCCAUAUAUGGCCUGCGUAUUCGGUUGUAAGGUCAUAGUGAAAGGAGUUCCACCACCACCGCCGACAGGUUCCAAUAGCGGCGUCCUCUUCGUCUGCACCCAUCGAACCUUAAUGGACCCCGUCGUGCUAUCCACCGUCCUCCAACGGAGUAUCCCCGCAUUGACAUACUCCCUAUCAAGAUUAUCUGAGAUCCUAUCUCCGAUCCCCACCGUCCGUUUAACACGGAUCCGCCAUGUGGACGCCCAAAAAAUAAAAGAAGAACUAUCCAAAGGUGAUUUGGUGGUUUGCCCAGAAGGUACUACUUGUCGAGAACCCUUUUUGCUCCGGUUCAGUGCACUUUUUGCUGAACUAACAGAUAGGAUCGUACCCGUGGCAAUGAACUACCGAGUUGGGUUCUUUCAUGCAACGACGGCAAAGGGUUGGAAAGGGUUAGACCCAAUAUUCUUCUUCAUGAACCCUAGACCGGUUUAUGAGGUUACGUUCUUGAACCAGUUGCCCGCGGAGGCUACAUGCUCAUCAGGAAAAAGCCCAUACGAUGUCGCGAAUUAUGUUCAAAGAAUCUUGGCGGCCACAUUAGGGUUUGAGUGCACAAAUUAUACAAGGAAAGAUAAGUACAAAGUGCUGGCGGGAAAUGAUGGAACGGUGUCGUACACAACGGUGAUGGACCGGGUUCAGAAAAUGGGGAAAACCGUGAGGAAGGUGAUGGGUACAUUUAAACCGUUUGUGUUUAGCUAAUUCAUGUAUUAUAAUUGUUUGUUUUUUUUUUUCAUGUGAUUAUUUUAUCAUUUAUUGAUUAUUGUUUCUUGACAUUGUUUUGCGAUUUUAUUUAAUUAUGUAACAUUGGUUGAGUCAUUUAUUAAUAUAGUGGAAAUAUUUCAAAGGCA